CGAGCCCACAACAGCCCGAGCUCGCCGUGCUGCCCGCUAGCGACACACACAGCCAGGAGGCCAGCGACACCACUGCGAGGAAGUCGGCGACGCACACAGCGAGGCCGGCGACGCACACCCGAGGACCACAGCGCUCAGCCUGCGGCCGAGCGCACCCGGAGCGCACGCCAUGUUCCAGCCGGCCGAGCGCGUCCAGGAGUGGGCCAUGGAGGGGCCCCGGGACGUGCUCAAGAAGGAGCGCCUGCUGGACGACCGCCACGACAGCGGCCUGGACUCCAUGAAGGACGAGGAGUACGAGCAGAUGAUGAAGGAGCUGCAGGAGAUCCGCCUGGAGCCGCAUGAGGUGCUGCGAGGCGCGGAGCCCUGGAAGCAGCAGCUGACGGAGGACGGAGACUCGUUCCUGCACUUGGCCAUCAUCCAUGAAGAGAAGGUGCUGACCAUGGAAGUGAUCCGCCAGGUGAAGGGAGACCUGGCCUUCCUCAACUUCCAGAACAACCUGCAGCAGACUCCACUGCACUUGGCUGUGAUCACCAAGCAGCCUGAAAUUACUCAGGCACUUCUGGAAGCUGGCUGUGAUCCUGAGCUCCGGGACUUUCGAGGAAACACCCCCCUACACCUUGCCUGUGAGCAGGGCUGCCUGGCCAGUGUCGCGGUGCUGACGCAGACCUGCACCACACAACACCUCCACUCCAUCCUGCAGGCCACUAACUACAAUGGCCACACGUGUCUGCACUUAGCUUCUAUCCAUGGCUACCUGGCCAUCGUGGAGCGCUUGGUGUCCUUGGGUGCUGAUGUCAAUGCCCAGGAGCCCUGCAAUGGCCGGACGGCACUCCACCUCGCGGUGGACCUUCAGAAUCCUGAUCUCGUGUCACUCUUGUUGAAGUGUGGGGCUGAUGUCAACAGAGUCACCUACCAAGGUUACUCCCCAUAUCAGCUCACCUGGGGCCGGCCAAGCACCCAGAUACAGCAGCAGCUGGGUCAGCUGACCCUCGAAAACCUUCAGAUGCUGCCAGAGAGCGAGGAUGAGGAGAGCUAUGACACAGAGUCAGAGUUCACAGAGGAUGAGCUGCCAUAUGAUGACUGUGUGUUUGGAGGUCAGCGUCUGACAUUAUGAGUGGAAGGCAUCAAGAAGGACAUGGACUUGUAUAUUUGUACAAAAAGAGAGUUUUAUUUUUCUAAAAAAAGAAAAAGAAAAAAAAGUUUGAAGGGUAUUCUCACCAUCACACUGCACGCUGCCUGGGCCCAGAUGGAGUACAGCAGAUCGGCCCUUUCAUGAGUUUGGCUUGGGGGAACGAGGAAGGUCUUUGGAAUGCGAAGCCAGCCUUCUGUGUAACUUUGCCUUGGUGGGGUUUGAGGAGAAUCUGAUAAAAGGGCCGCAUUUAUUUAUUGUGCUUUUGAUUGAAUCACCGUGGAAUAUAGUGGCCGAAGCUGGUUCUGUCCCUGAUGGGUAACAGCUAGGUGGGCAGUGGUGUAGUGUUAGAAGUCACCACCUGUCAUGGUUUGUGUUGCCCUCCUGUAAAUGGUGUAGAUAGUGUAUUUUGCUGGUAAUUAUUUUGGUACUUCUGAGAUGUAUAUUUAUUAAACAGACUUUUACAAACAGAA